GUACUUUUCAAAAUGGUCUGCCGCUGUUAGUCCAGUUUGAGUGGGAAAUUUCAUAUCGGUGCCUGUUCGAGACCAAGUAUUUCACUUUAAUCUGAUCUGUAGAUAUUGCAACAAACGUGUUAUGGUAGCAUGACUCCGUCGAAGAACGGCAUGUCGAACCUCAUCGAUAGGACGAUGAGGAUGAGACGGGAGGAACAGGAGAGACAGGUGGUCCUCGCCUGGGCUGUUCUAAAUGUAUCACUCGCUGGGAUGAUCUACACUGAAAUGUCUGGAAAACUGCUCAGUCGGUACUACAACAUUACAUACUGGCCUAUCUGGUACAUUGAGCUGGCCUUGGCAGCUCUGUUUAGCCUCAACGCCCUCUUUGACUUCUGGAAGUACUUCAAGUACACUAUGGCUCCUUCCUCUAUUGUUGUCUCUCCGGAUCAGCAUCGUCUCCUUGGGCUAGGCAACUCUGGCAUCAAGGCCUCCCCUCCAUCGAAGCCAGAGAAGAAGGAGAGUCCUGCUGCCACCCAGUCCUCCCCCCUGCAGGGGCAGAACGUGCUCAGCUUCAGCCCUUCGCGUCCGGCCAGCGCCAGCCCCAAGUUCUCGCCCAGCUGCGUGCCCGGCUACAGCCCCCCCCUCACCAGCCCCUCCACCCCGGGCAGCACAGGGCCCUACUCUCCCUCACUUGCCUUCGGAAAGGUGUUGAACUACAGUCCGUCCCCUGGCUCCCCUCCCUACCCCAGUAGCCUUGGCCCCGCUGAGGGCUCCAGCCUGAGGGCGCGCUACCGCACGUCCCCCUCCGUCUUCAACUCCCCCGGCGGGAAGGAGGACUACAUCGACGACCUGAAGGGCCUGGAGCGGUUCCUGCGCUCUGAGGAGGAGAAGAGCCACCGCAGCCAGUUGGGAAGCCCAGAGUCGGCGUCCCCAGCGCACAGUCCCACCUUCUGGAACUACAACCGCUCGGUGGGAGACUACGCCCAGAGCCUGCGCAAGUUCCAGUACCAGCUGGCCUGCCGCUCGCAGGCCCCCUCCGCCCACAAGGACGAGACCGACCUGGGCUCCAAGCAGGCCGCCGAGGAGGUCUGGGCCAGAAUAACUACCAGUCGCCUUGUGGUUGACAGUAUUGACACAUGGACUGCUAAAUUGAGAAAUUGGAUUAAUGACACCAUCCUGGUCCCUCUGGUGAAGGAGAUCGACUCCAUCAAUAGCCAGCUCAGGAGGAUGGGCUGCCCUGAGCUGCAGGUCGGAGAGACGAGCAUUAGCAGCCUGAAGCAGGCAGCGGUGACCAAGGCCUCGGCCAUCCCGACCCUCAACGCCAUCGUGCAGUACCUGGACGUCAGCCCCAACCAGGAGUACCUUGUGGAGCGCAUCAGAGAGCUGGCUCAUAGUGGCUGCAUGAGCUCCUUUCGUUGGAACGGGGGCGGAGACGUGAAGAACAGGAAGUGGGACACAGACCUGCCCACUGACUCUGUGGUUCUGAUGCACGUGCUGUGCACGUACCUGGACUCCAGGCUGCCCCCACACCCAAAGUACCCAGAUGGGAAAACCUUCACCUCACAGCACUUCAGCCAGACCCCAGACAAGCCUGAUGUGACCAAUGAGAAUCUCUUCUGCAUCCAUCACAGCAGCAUAAACCCUCCCCACUACCAGCUCAUCUAUCAGGGCCAUGUGUACAGCCUGCCUAAGGGCCGGAACAACCUGUUCCACACAGUCCUCAUGUUCCUGUUCAUCAUAAAGACCAAGGAGUCGGGGAUGCUGGGGAGAGUAAACCUGGGCUUGUCUGGCGUCAACAUCCUCUGGAUCUUCGGAGACUGAGGCUCUGCCUCCACCCGCACCUUUUAAAGCACAUCACAUACGGACAGCCGACUCCUCCAGCACAAAGAUGAAUGCUCUUCCACCGAGGUUGAUGGCAGAUACAAUACGCAGACUAUAGGUGGCACGCACACCAGUGUGCACUGCAAUACUCUCAUUGCCACGGUUACCAGUGUUUACUAAUAGUGCUGUAUUUACGACUGCUAGAUUACGAGAAGACACUGUUAUCUUAACGGCAUUACUGAAUGUGAAUGCUUGCUUAAAAGAAAAACUCCAGCCAGUGUCUGGCCUGUCGUACCUCAUCAAAUGUCAAAUUUGAAUUUGCGUGCAUGUGUGCUCUUUUUUUUUUAAAGUAGCUCGUUUUGUUUUUAGUCGUAAGUCAGGCUUGUAUAUAAUGAACGGGAGGGUUUGUGUACGUGUGGAGUUUAAGGAACCCACAGUGGUUUGAAUGUAUAUAAGCGUGCAUUAUAUUUUUAAAAACAUUUCUCAUUAGAAUGUCCUGAUGCUCGUCAGGGUGUGGGUCCUUUGUGUGCUUGAUUUUGUGACUUUGGUUUGCUUUGAGUUACGUGGUUGCUCUUCAUCACUGACUGUAGUAAGCAUGGAGUGGCAUGGAGCUUGUGCCCCUGGCCUGCUUGACUGCUAGCGUACUGUGUUCGGGGCAGACAUGAUCACACUCAAGUCAGGCGGCUCUCUAUUUAAGACCGAAUGACUGUGUCUGGGACCAUCAGGUGUAGAUCCAGCACAGAUACACAUACUUGUCUGCCCCUGACUGGCUGUGUCUUCUUGACCUGAUCUAGACUCACACUGUACUGAACUGAACAGGCUUUUCUUGACCUUAACUGACUAUGCUAGAGUAGAGCUGGUCUUGGUCUAUAGCCGAUCCACUGAAUAAAUCUGUCCCAGGGGCAACUGCUAUCUGUGACACUUCCCAUACAUGGACUAAGUCCAAUAUAGUCCUAGACUAGAAGAGCCCUUCAAUGAAGAUCUUUUCCGUCCAGGUUUGGGCUUAAUCCAUUCUUGGGAAACCGACCCUAUGUGUCUGGGAAUGGACGUUCGUUAAGUCAGAUGAGACUAGAUUAGCCAAACCUGUCUAUGUGCCAAAGUCCACUCUGCCUGAAAUAGCCAUUUGGAUGGCGGGUCUGUUCAAAAGGGCUUCUUGUCGUUUUUUACCCACUAUGUUAAAAGAGUGGGGACCAGGGACUGCUGACACUGACUGCAUACAGUGAUUGAUCUUUUUUUGUAUUGAUCUCAUGUUGAUGUAAAUUGUUAUUAAAUAACAAAGGAAGACCUUUCAGAACUGUGUCAUUUCCUUU